GAUAUAGAAAAAACAGGGCAGAGAAAAUCGAAUUAAAUUUGGUUGGUGUCAGGGUCUCUGAUGUCUUAGUUUUGAACUGUUAGAUUUGAUCAGUAUAUAAAUUCUACUUUGGGAUUAUGAACAAAAUUGAAGGCUAAAACGCAGAAUGAACAAAUACCAUACGCGGUUCCGGUAAUCAAGAAACUUCUUGAGUUUGGACUGAAACUGAAAGGUCACUGUCCAUUACACUGCCACGAGGCACCACCUCAUUAGCCAAUACGGACACGUGGUUCCAGCAAGUUACCCUUCCUGUUUCAGUGAAAAGCCAGCACAACCAGUGUUUUUUCACUUCAUUAUCAAUCACAAUCUUUACACGUGUACCCACUGACCCCACCAUGGUUAGCCCAUUUAACUAGAGUUAACCUAGCCCCUGUAUUUAUCAUUCAACUCCAAGUUGGGUUCUGUUAGUGAAUUCUUCUUUCAGACUGUUUUGUGGAAGUAAAUUGCUUGCUUCCUUCUUUGUUUUCUCCUUCUCUGUAUCCAUACCCACCCACCUCUUCCAACAAAUUUAGUAAAGAUUUGUUUUUUCUAUCUGGGUUUUCGAGAACAAAGAAGAAGAAGAUGGGGCUUUCAAAUUUUCCUAGUGCAGCCGAAGGGAUGCUACCUGUGCUAGUAAUGAACACGGUUUUAUCAGUGGCUUUGUUGAAAAACAUGGUGAGAUCUGUGAUUCAAGUGAUGGGUGGUACAUGGAGUAAUCCUUCAAAUCUAGAGGAUGAAAGUAGUGAUGGAUUUAGUAACUUUAACUCACUAGAGAAUGCAAGAGAAAGAAGAAUAUCAAUAACACAGUUCAAGUCUUUGUGUAUUGGAAGAAAUAAUAGGAAUACUAGUGUUGGUAGCAGUGUUACAGUGGAUUGUUGUGUUUGUUUAAAUGGAUUUGAAGCUGAUGAGGAGGUGAGUGAAUUGUCCUGCAAGCAUUUCUUCCACAAAGGUUGUUUAGACAAAUGGUUUGAUAAUAAUCACACUACUUGUCCUCUUUGUCGAUCUAUUCUCUAAUAUAUUAUCAGUUAUUUAGUGGGUUGAGUUUUGUAGGAAACAAUAUUUGUACUUUACAGUUUCCUGUACGUUCUUCUUUUUUUUC